AUGGAAGCUUUCAACUCGAUCUUGAGUGACGAGUUCCAGCGACAGUUCCGAGCUCUGGAGAACCUGGUCAUGUUUGUGGAUAACUAUGACAUGACUUUUCCUUGGCACUAUGAUCACUGCUGCAGCGAUGGGGGGCACUAUGGAGUUGCGCCUUCGUUGUCACCAUGGUUUGGCACGAUUGGCCACUAUUACUUUGUUGAUUUGGUGCUCAUUCAUGUGCUUCUUACCACCAUUUGCUCUUACCCUGGCAAAACAAAAGUUAAGACUGAUCAUAAAGUACCUUCGAUGUCGUCCCCCAACGCAAACAAGCGUUCGUCUUUCAACGAGUCUACAAGCAUCUUCUUCAAGCGUUUCUCUGAGUAUGGCAAACAGGAAUGUCACAACGUAAGUACUACCGCUGCUCUCUUCUUUGGGCUCCCUAGAGCAGAGAAUGGAGGCGAAAUUACCUUGUCCACUGAUGUUCUUCACAAGAUUUGGAUCGUCUCAUAUGCUGCUAGCGGAAACAGGAGAUGCUUUGGAGGAGACUUCUACGAGACGGAUCUCUCCAGUCCUCAAUGGAAAUCAAGGCCACCAAUCACAGAUGUCGGAGAUGGCUCUUACCUCGUCGAGCUGAAAGUGGAUGAGGAAUUCGCUGGAAACUACACCUUCAAGGUUAUCCUUCUAUACUCCAACUUUCGUGGACUGGAGCAUCAGCCGGGUCCAUGGGCCCUUACGAAAGAGAUGCUAACCGUCCAAAUCCGUUUUACUACCAGCCGAAAAAGAAAUCCUCAUCUUGCAACCUGCACCAGCCACGACUUCGUGUCAGCAACAACAUGGUCAGGCAAAUGGACUAGAACAAAAUUCAACGAGUCCUGUCAGCUCGACAAGGAAGGACGUUACCGUUGCUUGGGAGAACAUGAGGAGUGCGAUGACAGCCAAUGCAUUGGCAACCUUGAGAGCUUGGAGAGCAACGGAUGGGUGUAUUCAGCUCACUGUAAGUUCCGCAUCUGGAACGCAGCCGAUGCAUGGAAGUGCUUGGACGGGAAGAAGCUCUUCUUCUGGGGCGACUCAAACCACCAAGACACAAUCCGGAACCUCAUGAACUUUGUUCUUGGUCUGAAGCAGGAAUACAUAGAACGGAUCUUCAUGGCCAACGUCACCAAUCCAUCCAAUCCUGCACAGAAUUUCAGCUUAGUAUCGAUCUUCAACGGACAUGCAGAUCCAAACCAAAACUUACUGGGUCUAGGCUCGCUCUACGUACCGGCAUAUCGUGAUCUGGUCAAGAACGAAUUCUUUCGUGGUCGAGCUCCGGACGCAGUGAUCAUAAACUCGGGCAUCCACGACGGGCACGCAUGGAAAAAGGUUCAUCACUUUGCCACAGCAGUUAAGACUGCUUCGGCUUUCUGGAGGUCACUGCUGGAAAACAAGAGCAGCACUCGUGUCGUGAUCCGCAACACGAUCACCCUCGCCGCAAUCAAAAGAAGUGACCCCUCCAAUCCCCAGAAGAUAGAAGUCUUCAACUCCAUACUGAGCAACGAGUUCCAAAAGCAGCUGCAUAGCCUGGAGAACCAGCUGAUGUUUGUAGACGAUUACGACAUGACCUUCCCGUGGCACUACGAUUUCUGCUGUAGCGAUGGUGGACACUAUGGCAUAAAGCCUGUGCUGGCACCUUGGUUUGACAGAGUUGGCCAUUUUUACUUCGUUGAUGUGAUGCUGGCUCAUGUCCUGCUCACAGCCAUUUGCUCAUAG